CGCCAUUUGUUCUCUCUCGCGCUCCAAAUAUGAAAGCACCGCUCGAAAUUUUUUGCAAAUUAUUUUUGUUCUUCUACGAAAUUUCUAAUUUUUCAAGUUUGUCCUUAUUUAAAUUUUUUGCGUUGUCUUUGGUUUUCUAUUGAUUCUUUUCAAGUGACUUCUCUUGAAUUAGCAUAAAUUGUUAUUUGACAGAUUCAGUCUCAUUUUUGAGGAUAGCCUGUGUUAAUGGGUGAAGCUCCAGCUUUCUUCAUAGACGAUCUAAAGAAAGAUUUAACAAAUGGGGAUAUUUUAAAAUUGGAAGGCCAUGAAACGGCUAUUAACAUCGGCCUCAGUAAAACAUAUGUCAUUGGUGGGAUGGACAAUGAAUCAACAUCAAACAUUGAAGUUCGGAUCUAUGACAAAUCUAUAGGUGAUUGGGUAAUCCCUAUUGUGUUGGGAGCAAAACCCAACUCUUCAAAAUGCUAUUCAGCUGUUCUUUUUGAUGAAGACAGGAUUUUGGUUAUUAAGGGAAACUCCACUUCUGAUGAUUGCUUUUGGUUUCUCGAAGUGAAUACUGCAUUUGUUAGAGAACAAAAAAGGAGAUUUGAGACUGAUGUGGUUGCUUGGAGUAAAGGAGUUAUUGGCGAAGCUGAAAUACCCAUUGUAAUUAGCGGUCCUUCUGGAGUUGGUAAGGGUACCCUAAUUUCCAAACUGGUGGAAGAAUUUCCAUCAAAGUUUGGAUUUUCAGUAAGCCACACGACCCGUGCUUCAAGGAACAAAGAGCAGAAUGGGGUGCAUUACCAUUUCACUGAACGUAAUGUCAUGGAGAAAGAUAUACAGGAUGGAAAGUUUCUUGAGUUUGCGUCCGUCCAUGGAAACCUUUAUGGAACCAGUAUAGAAGCUGUUGAGGCAGUUACGGAUAAAGGAAAGAGAUGCAUCCUUGACAUUGAUGUUCAAGGAGCAAGGUCUGUGAGGGCUAGUUCUCUUGAAGCCAUUUUUAUCUUUAUCCGUCCUCCCUCAUUUGAAGAUCUUGAGAAGCGCCUUCGGGCAAGGGGGACUGAGACAGAGGAACAGAUCCAAAAGCGGCUCAAAAAUGCUAGGGUGGAGCUUGAACAGGGAAACUCACCAGGCCUCUUUGAUCAUAUCUUGGUGAAUGAUGACCUUGAGACUUGUUACAAGAAUCUUAAGAAACUAUUGGGCCUUAAUGAGGGUGCCGAGACCAUACACAAAUUAUUGCCAGAAUUUGUUGAAGUGCCUCUGGAGCAUACAGCUUCAAAAAUUGAUCAGAAGAUCCUCAUAAACUGUGGCAAUGCAGAAGAAAACUCGGAUAGAAACACGUUUUUGCUCGAUUUAUCUUCAACUAAAGGUGGGGCACCAGGACGGACAAGGGGGAUGAACAUACACAUCAUCAAACCGUCCACAAAUGGCACCAAAAUGCUAAGCUAACAUCUCCAGCAUCUUCACUGACGUUCUUUUCUUCCGGAGUUCUGUUCCUUUUCAUUUUCUCUGUUUCCUUGACUUGAAAGUGAUUGAAGAUUAAAUCUUUUGAGUUGCAAAACAAAUUUGAAGGUAUAGAACACAGAGGUAGUAUGCUGAUCUAACAUAUCCAUUGUUUUACUUUCGAUACAUUCAUCAAAAGAGAGGGCAUGUAGUCAAGUGGAGUUAACGUUUUAGUUCUUGGUUUAUCGUGAUGGAGAACUGGAAAACCGAAAACAAAUUAUUAUUCUCGAUUAAAUUGGAUGACUGCUCAUUUAAAUGUCAUUAUA